AUGAUACUAGUCCAUGAUAUGAUACCCCUGCCCUUUCGGCUAUCCUACCGUAUAGAACCCAGACGAGCCCCACUUUUUUUCCCUCCCCUCACCUACCUAACAAAUCAAACGGGCCAACUUCACGAACGUAAAAGAAAGAAAAGAAGAAAAGAAAAAAAGGCGUGGAGAUUUCCUUCUUUCGACGAAAACCCGUGA